UUUAGGGCAGGGCCGGGGGGGGGAACUUCCGCUUCCGGGCCGCGGGGGCGGUGUGCCGGUGUCGGGGUCCGCGCCGUGCGGCACCAUGAACCGACCGAAGGCGGCGGCCGUGCGGCGGCCCAGCGCCGCUCCCAAGCCCUCCGCUCACCCGCCGCCGGGAGACUUCAUCGCGCUGGGCUCCAAGGGGCAGGGCGGCGAUGGCAAGGCCGCCGUCACCCUGCUGAAGCCGGCGCCCGCCGGGCUGCCCUCGGAGCGCAAACGGGACGCGGCCGCCGCGCUGUCGGGCCCCGCGGGGCUGGGCGGGCUGAGCAAGCGGCCCAAGCUGUCUGCCACGCCGCCCCUCAGCGCCCUGGGACGCCUGGCCGAGGCGGCCGUGGCGGAGAAGCGGGCCAUCUCGCCCUCCAUCAAGGAGCCGUCCGUCAUCCCCAUCGAAGUUGUCCCCACGGUGCUGCUGGAUGAAAUUGAGGCAGCAGAGGCGGAAGGUAACGAUGACCGCAUUGAGGGGGUGCUGUGUGGAGCAGCCAAGCAGCUGAAAAUGAACCGAGCCAAACCUGAUACCACGCUGUACCUGAGCCUCAUGUACCUGGCAAAAAUCAAACCAAAUAUAUUUGCCACUGAAGGAGUUAUCGAGGCAUUGUGUAGCCUGCUCCGAAGAGAUGCCUCUAUUAAUUUCAAAGCUAAAGGGAAUAGCCUUGUGUCUGUCUUGGCCUGCAACCUUCUCAUGGCAGCUUACGAAGAGGAUGAGAACUGGCCAGAGAUCUUUGUCAAGGUUUACAUUGAGGACUCCCUUGGAGAGCGCAUCUGGGUGGACAGCCCUCACUGCAAGACAUUUGUGGAUAACAUCCAAACAGCUUUUAACACAAAGAUGCCUCCUAAGAGCAUGCUCUUGCAUGGGGAAGUUGGUCGUAGUGGUGGGGACAUUAGUGCUGGAAGUAGCCCGCACCCUUCCAUGACAGAGGAGGAAGACAGCCAGAGUGAGCUGCUGAUUGCAGAAGAGAAAAUGAGCCCAGAACAGGAGGGCCAGCUCAUGCCCAGGUAUGAUGACCUUGCAGAGAGUGUGGAGGAAUAUGUUCUGGACAUGCUGCGGGACCAACUCAACCGGCGCCAGCCCAUGGAUAACGUGUCCAGAAACCUCCUUCGUCUGCUGACAGCAACUUGUGGCUACAAAGAGGUGCGACAGAUGGCUGUGCAAAGGCUGGAGAUGUGGCUGCAGAAUCCAAAGUUGACCAAGCCAGCACAGGACUUGCUGAUGUCUGUUUGUAUGAACUGCAACACUCACAGCUCAGAGGACAUGGAAGUUAUCUCCAACCUGAUCAAAAUUCGUCUCAAGCCAAAGGUCCUUCUCAACCACUACAUGCUAUGUGUCAGAGAGCUGCUGAAUGCACAUAGGGAUAACCUGGGAACUACGAUUAAGUUUGUGAUUUUCAAUGAACUUUCAAAUGCAAGAAAUCCCAAUAACAUGCAGAUCCUGUAUACUGUUCUUCAGCACAGCUCAGAGCAAGCACCAAAGUAUCUAGCAAUGGUGUUCCAGGAUCUUUUGACUACUAAGGAUGACUACCUGCGGGCUUCACGGGCACUGCUGCGAGAGAUCAUCAAACAAACAAAACAUGAAAUCAACUUCCAGGCCUUCUGCCUGGGUCUUAUGCAGGAACGAAAGGAGGCCCAAUAUGCAGAAAUGGAAUUCAAGGAGCGGUUUGUCAUUCACAUAACAGAUCUUCUAGCUGUCUCCAUGAUGCUUGGUAUCACAGCCCAGGUGAAAGAGGCUGGAAUUGCCUGGGACAAAGGAGAGAAAAAGAACUUGGAAGUGCUGCGCUCUUUCCAGAACCAAAUUGCUGCUAUCCAACGAGAUGCUGUCUGGUGGCUUCAUACAGUUGUUCCAUCUAUCAGCAAGCUGGCUCCAAAGGACUAUGUGCACUGCCUCCACAAGGUGCUUUUCACAGAACAGCCGGAGACCUACUACAAGUGGGACAACUGGCCCCCUGAGAGCGACCGCAACUUCUUCCUUCGCCUGUGCUCCGAGGUGCCCAUCCUUGAAGACACGCUGAUGCGGAUCCUUGUGAUUGGUUUGUCACGGGACCUUCCUCUUGGCCCUGCGGAUGCCAUGGAACUUGCCGACCACUUGGUGAAGCGUGCUGCAGCUGUGCAAGCAGAUGAUGUUGAGGUCCUCAGGGUAGAAAGAAUCCAGCUGAUUGAUGCUGUCUUAAAUCUGUGCACUUACCACCACCCAGAAAAUAUUCAGUUACCCCCAGGGUACCAGCCUCCAAAUCUAGCUAUUUCUACCCUGUACUGGAAGGCCUGGCCUCUCCUUCUUGUAGUGGCUGCAUUCAAUCCUGAAAACAUUGGUCUGGCUGCAUGGGAGGAGUACCCCUCUCUGAAGAUGCUCAUGGAAAUGGUCAUGACGAAUAAUUAUUCCUAUCCUCAAUGUACCUUGACGGAUGAGGAGACACGCACAGAGAUGAUUAAUCGUGAGCUUCAAAUCUCCCAGAGGGAAAAACAGGAGAUUCUUGCAUUUGAGGGUCAUCUGGCUGCCGCAUCCACAAAACAAACCAUAACGGAGAGCAGCAGCCUCCUGCUAUCCCAGCUGACAAGUCUGGACCCUCAAGGCCCUCCACGCAGGCCUCCACCGCAUGUCCUGGAGCAGGUGAAAAGCCUGAACCAGUCUCUUCGCUUGGGCCACCUCCUGUGUCGGAGUCGUCAUCCUGACUUUCUUCUCAACAUCAUUCAAAGACAGGCUUCAUCGCAAUCAAUGCCAUGGCUGGCAGAUCUGGUUCAGUCCAGUGAGGGCUCCUUGGAUGUCUUACCUGUGCAGUGCCUUUGUGAAUUCUUGCUUCAUGAUGCUGCUGAUGAGUCAACUUCAGGUGAAGAAGAAGAGGAGGGUGAGAGUAAAGAGCAGCGUGCCAAGAAACGCCAGAGACAACAGAAACAAAGGCAGCUGCUUGGACGGUUGCAAGACUUGCUUUUGGGUCCCAAAGCAGAUGAACAGACAACCUGUGAGGUGCUUGACUAUUUCCUGCGACGCCUGAGUUCCUCCCAGGUGGCUUCCCGGGUCCUGGCCAUGAAGGGCUUGUCUUUGGUGCUAUCAGAAGGAGGACUGCGGGAUGGAGAAGAGAAAGAUCACCCCAUGGAAGAAGACUCUGGUGAUUCUGAACUGCUGCAGGGUUAUCAGUGGCUACUGAGAGACCUCCCAAGACUGCCACUAUUUGACAGUGUUAGAGCAACAACAGCUGUUGCCUUGCAGCAGGCCAUCCAUAUGGAGACAGAUCCCCAGACCAUCAGUGCUUACCUGGUGUACCUCUCCCAGCACGCCCCCGUGGAGGAGCAGGGACAGCAUAAUGACCUCGCUCUGGAUGUAGCCCGGCUCAUAGUGGAGCGCUCUACCAUCAUGUCUCACCUCUUCUCCAAGCUCUCAUACUGUGCUGAGUCAGAUGCAGUUCUUGUUGCUCUUCUCUCCAUCUUUUCUCGCUACAUCAAAUGCAUGCGCCAGAGUAAAGAAGGCGAGGAGGUGUACAGAUGGUCGGAGUCACAGGAUCAGGUAUUCCUUCGUUGGACUAGUGGUGAAACAGCCACUAUGCAUAUCCUAGUGGUGCAUGCCAUGGUUAUUCUCCUAACACUAGGGCCACCCCAAGCAGGGGAUGGUGAUUUUUACACAUUAUUGGAUAUAUGGUUCCCGGAGAAAAAGCCCCUUCCUACUGCUUUUCUGGUUGACACCUCAGAGGAGGCCCUGCUGCUCCCUGACUGGCUAAAGCUGCGCAUGAUCCGCUCUGAGGUCCCGCGGCUCGUGGAUGCAGCCCUGCAGGACCUGGAGCCGCAGCAGCUGCUUCUCUUUGUUCAGUCUUUUGGAAUCCCAGUUUCUAGCAUGAGCAAACUUCUGCAGUACCUGGAUCAGGCAGUAUCUCAUGACCCACAGACACUGGAGCAGAACAUUAUGGACAAGAACUACAUGGCUCACCUUGUGGAGGUUCAGCACGAAAGAGGAGCAACAGGAGGCCAGACUUUCCACUCCCUGCUCACAGCCUCCUUACCAGCCCGCCGAGAUAGUGCUGAGACUGCAAAGUCAAAAUCUAGCCCUGAGAGCAAUCAAGGCCAGAGCCGAAUCCGGGCCUUAAGUCAGGUUCGGGUUCUGGGCCCAGAAGAUGAUCUAGCAGGCAUCUUCCUGCAGCUUUUCCCACUAAAUCCAGACCCACGAUGGCAGAAUUCAAACCUGCGCCCACUUGCCCUGGCAUUACAGCAGGCCCUGGGGCAGGAGCUGGCUCAAAUCCGCCAGGGAAACACACAGGUGUCUGGGAUCACAGCACAACUUCUGCAGGCAGUAGCUGCACUGAUGAACUCACCACACAGUGGUGCACUGGUGAUGGCUAUGCAUCGUAACCACUUCAUCUCCUGCCCACUGAUGCGCCAGCUGUACCAGUAUCAGCGCUGCAUGCCACAAGACACUGCCUUCUCCUCCCUCUUCUUCAAAGUCCUCAUGCAGAUGCUGCAGUGGUUGGACAGCCCUGCAGUGGAAGAUGGUCCUCUGCGUGCUCAGCUGAAGGGUUUUGCUGUGCAGUACUCCUCAAGGCACAGGAUCAGUGACGUUCGAGGUGGUUUCUUGCACCUCACAGAAGCUCUGACUUUCCGUCAUGACCCUGACUUGAUCAGCUCCACAGUACGUGCCAUUAUUGCAACCCUGAAAUCGGGAGAGAAGGGUAACGUGGAGCCAGAGCUCAUCAGCAAAGUCCUUCAGGGCCUGAUUGAAACUCACUCUCCGUACCUGGAGGAACUCCUCACAGUCCUCUUCUCAGCUACUGUUGAGACCACUGCCAGAUUUCCUGCCAUGAAACCAAUUGCUGUGGUGAGCUCCUUGUUGCUCCAGGACAAGGAAGAGACAACAGUGAAGAAAGAGCUGGAUAGUUGCAGUACUGAAACUGCUUGGCUGGGACCAUCCUCUGGCCUUUUGAAUGACUGGCUGGAGAUGUUGGACCCAGAGGUGAUCAGCAGCUGCCCUGAUCUCCAGCAGAAACUACUGUUCUCCUGGAACAAGGCAGGAUCCCAGGUGCCCUCCUUCCGCCCGUAUCUCUUGGCUCUUCUCACUCAUCAGUCCAGCUGGACUACGCUGCACCAGUGCAUCAAGCUUCUGCUUUGCAGAAACCGAGAGCAGAGGUUUGAUCCAACUGCUUCGUUGGAUUUCUUGUGGGCCUGUAUUCAUAUCCCUCGGAUCUGGCAGGGAAGGGACCAAAGAACUCCUCAGAAGCGCCGUGAGGAAUUUGUGCUCCAUCUAAAGGCAUCAGAAUUGAUCAGCAUGGUGGAGCUGAUCCUGGCUGAAGCAGAAACCAGAUACCAGAACACAGAAGAGGCUUCCUGCACACUCAUCCAGUCUCGACUGCCUCUGUUGCUCAGUUGUUCUCAUGGGGACCUUGAGAGCAUGAAAAAAGUAACAGAGUAUUUGACCAGCUGCAUCCAGCAAUGGGGUAGCAGCUCUGUGGGAAAAUGCUGCCAGGACCUUCUGCUUCAGAUAUACCUGCAACUACCCGAGCAACUUGUGCCUCUGCCUGAGAUGCUUCUCACCAGUGAAGGAGCCAGAGACAGCAGCACUUGCAAGCUUGAUGCCCUGGUUCACAGAUUCAUUAACCUCCUUGCAGACACCAGUGACUCCAAGUCAUCAGAAAGCCGCGUGUGGGAUGCCAACAUGGCAUGCAGGAAGCUAGCUGUGGCUCAUCCUAUCCUCCUUCUCAGACACUUGCCGAUGAUUGCAGCUCUGCUACAUGGCCGUGUUCACCUCAAUUUCCAGGAGUUCAGGCAGCAGAAUCACUUGACCUUCUUCAUACACGUCCUGGGGAUCCUGGAGCUGCUUCAGCCACAGGUCUUCCAGAAUGAGCACCAGGCGGCACUAUGGGACUGUCUGCUCUCCUUCAUCCGUCUGCUGCUGAACUACAGGAAAUCCUCACGACACCUGGCUGCCUUCAUCAGCAAAUAUGUCCAGUUUAUCCAGAAGUACAUCACGUGCAACGCACAAGCAGCUGUCUCCUUCUUGCAGAAGCACUCGGAUCCUCUACAUGACCUGUCAUCAGACAACAGUGACCUAGCAAUGCUGAAGUCCCUCCUGGCUGGGCUGAGUCUGCCUAGUAAGAGCAGCAUCUUGGACAGAGGCUCUGAAGAAGAGAAGGAUGAUGAAGCAGCAGCUGGCUCACUCCCCCUUGUCAGCGUCUCUCUCUUCACUCCUCUCACACCAGCUGAAAUGGCCCCAUACAUGAAGAGGCUCUCUCGAGGCCAAACAGUUGAGGACAUUUUGGAGGUGCUGACAGACAUUGAUGAGAUGUCCAGACGGAGGCCAGAAAUUCUUUCCUUUUUUGCUACAAACCUACAGAAGCUGAUGAGCUCAUCAGAGGAGUCCUGCCGAAAUCUGGCCUUUAGCCUGGCUUUACGCUCCAUUCAGAACAACCCUAGCAUUGCUGCGGACUUCCUUCCUACCUUCAUGUACUGCCUUGGCAGCCGAGACUUUGAGGUGGUGCAGACAGCAUUGAGGAACCUGCCUGAGUACACCCUCCUUUGCCAAGAACAUGCUGCAGUGUUACUGCACAGGGCCUUCCUGGUGGGGAUGUACAGCCAGAUUGACACCAGCUCUCAAAUCUCUGAGGCCUUGAAGGUCCUGCACAUGGAGGCCACGAUCUGAACACGUGGUUCUGGGAGCUUCACUUUCAGUGGAAUUGAACUGGACACAACAGCUGCAUUGAGGCCCUGUAAGAAGGCACUGUAUUUCAACCAAUGUCCUGAAGGAUCAAAGAGAUGAUGUAACAGGCCACAUGAAGAUCAGGAGGGGGCAAGGACAGAUCUGUCUGGCUAAGUUGCCAUUACUGUGGGGAAAAAAUCUCCUGAAUAUUGUGCCAAACAGGGACCAGUUUUGUCAUGGAGUCUUAGGGCAGUGGCUGACACUUAUUUUGUGGUGUGUAUUCUUUUUUUUUUUUCCUCUAAGAGGGCAGAGCUGCUGGGAGAGCAGAAGGGAGUGUUGGCCCUUUCAGUUGAAGUCUCUGCACUUUAUGUUGGAAAAAAAUGUGAAUAUGUGCAGGGGGAGAGACCAUAUCAUGUUUUGAUAGUUUGGGUUUUUUUUGGGGGGGAGGGAGUGAAGUUGUUUUUUUUUUCCUCCAAUUAAAAUUCUUUGUUUCCAUUGUGCCUCUUUCUGCUUUGUGCUGCCAUUGGUGUAGCCUGACAUCCUUCUCUCCCUGUUCUUCAUUGUCUUGUUAUUCUAGCUACAGCUUCUCUGAAAGACCUGUCUCUGUGGCCAGAUGUAUGCAGAGCCCUGCAGUGUCUGAUGCACGGACUCAGAUGUGAACGACCCAAAUCAUUUGUUACAAGUUCUCACAUCCCUUUUAUAUCUUCACAAGUUUUCUAUUUCUAGCUUUCCCAUCCUCUUUGGCAUCUGCCAGUUUCUCCUUGUGAUUCUUCUCCUAGUUCUUGUCUGCUUAUUGAUGUGAUUGUUUACUGCCAGCUGUCAUGGGAGAACAGAAAAGGUGGUGGCUUCCAUCCUUCUGCUGCAGAGAAUUCACUGUCCAUUUCAUAGUCUUACUGUAUUCACUGGCUUGCUUUCACAUCAUUUGUCUCUUUCCCUCUUGUGAGAGACAUUUGUAAACUCGUGGGUGGCAAGAUGAAGAAGUAUUGUCCAUUCUUACAAACAAGAAAUGCUAUGACUGAAUGCUUAUGCUGUAUGAAUUGCUUGCUUUGCAGAGAAUUGGAGGAGAAAAGGGAGAGAGAUGAACUUCCCAACCACUGUUAAGUAGCCUCGCCUUGCCUUUAAAUAGAUUAGAGCUAUUGCUUAAGGAUGCAACAUGCUUUCUUCCUCAGCAGCAUCUGCUUCGUAUCCAGAGUCACUACUGUGGCAAUUAGCUAGAUAUAAAUUAUGUGGAGGAACAGCUGAAGAAGAUCAAGUCAGUGAAAUGGUUUUCCUGAGGGGCUCAAUGACAGCAGGAUUAACGCCUGUCUAAAGGGUUCCCAGUGAGAUUACUGGCUCCUCUCGCUGUAGUCUCUUAUCAGGCAUCAUUAAAACACUGCUCAGUUUGUCAGAGCAGGGAAGUAUUUCUCUUGGUGCUGCUGUGUGCCCACAGCCACUGGGAACUUAUGGGACUGGCUGGGAAAGGACUUUUCACAGGACUUUGAACUAAGGAGAAAUAAAAACGUUGCAGGACUGUUAUCACAGCAAAGACAGAAUCAAAGUAGUGAUUCUUUGCUGAAGAGCCUCCCUCUGGAUGGGGCUUUCCAGAAAUCCUGCUCCAGGGCUUUAACUACAAACACGUAUGGGUAAAAAGGAAUGGUGUGGCUGGCCUCAAAUUCUAUGAUGGCUGCCUGGAGGCCAAGUUGUCACUCGGAUGGUGACAACUGUUUAAACACCUCUCGCUGCAGGAUAGCUAGUCUUUGCAGAGCAGUGGGGAACAAGGUGUGCUGGAGAAGGUAGAAACAGCAUCUUUAUCAUCAAGAGCUCAUCUCUUUUGGGAGGAAGAAACAAAUUCAGAAGUUUGUAAGAGGGUAGAAGCUGUGCUGUAGAGCAAGGUAUUUCUACAAAUCUCCCAAUAGAAAAAGCAUCAUCUGUGAUUUGUUUCACUGCCUGUAUUCUGCUAAAUUGAAAGUUCCUGCUAUGCAUUUGCUCUGUUAUCAUCCUCUGCUUGAAUGCAGUGGAGCUGAGCAGGCUGCCCUGGCUUGAAGCAUGCUGCUGAAACCAGAUCAUGGCUGAGAGGAGAGGGGGCAGCUGAGGUGCCUGGAUGUGAGGAGACAGCUCAGGGCAGGAGUGCUGUGGGAGCCCAUCCUUAGCAGCUGUGACAGCUCUGAAAUGGUUAGCGACAGUAUUACAGAUGCUCUGACACUCGCCCGCCUUUUAAUCAGCACUCUGUAACUUUCAUCUCUGCCUGGCUGAGCACCUUCUCUCCUCCCAUCCCUGUUGAGCUGACAGCGUUAUCCGUAGCAGGUCUGCUGGGCUCCUCCUGGGGGCCAGAGCCAUGUUCUGCAUCUUUCAGAGAUGUUGACUCACUCAGAAGAGGAAUGAGGAGGAGGUUUGCAGCGUUGUUCCUAUCUGAACCCAGAGGAGCUCACAAGACUGACCCAGUGGAAAUUGCUGCUGCUGCUGUCUGGCUGUCAGAGGACAUGCCCUAAAGUGGCAAGAUCAUUUGGAUGCUCUCUGCCACAAGAUGCUGCAGUUGAAAGCUUCCUAGGUGAGUUGUGGUCUGCCAGAGAUGGUGUCAAGCCUAGUCCCAAACCAGUGCUGGUGUCCUAGAAUAUCCUGGGAAUCCCAUGCAGCUCUAGGGGAAGCAAACACUGUCUGCUGGCUUGUUCUUCGUCCUGUGGCUGCACCAUACCGUGCUGGCAGCAGCUCUUGUCUGAGUGCCUGCUGGAUGGAGAUGGUAGAGGAGCAAAGGAGGGGCUGCAGGGCCCUUCCACUAAGCACAGGUAGACGGUGACAGGGUAGGAACACCAUUAAUAUGUUUUAUAGUGAUUCUCCCAGCACACCCCUGAGUGGGGCUUUUUCCACGCCCCCCACUGCCUAGAGUGGGGGUUCAGGGCUGGCUUGUUCCUUCUCCUGUAGAACUGAACCUACCAUGGCUCUUACUCUUAGCUUUCUUGGACCUGGGAGGCUUUCGCUUUGCUUCAGAGAUGCUUCUCUGAAAGAGGAUGUCUGCUGUAGCAAUAGCAGACAACUUUCAUAGGGAAAAGGGUGGGCACUCCCUAGGUUUCAGCCUGUGGAGUCUUGGAGACCUGGAAGGAUGCUAUCACUGUUCCAUUUUCUGCUUGGACAACAACUGCCAAUGCAAAUAUGUCAGUAGAUGUGAGGUAGAACCGUAUCUGGGAAGAAGAUCUGUGAAGAUGAUCUGAUGUCUGGGUUGAAGCAAUGGACUGCUAUGGAAAAAGGCAUCCGCUAUUUGGGAGAGUUAGCCAUGGUGGAAAUGUUAUAUGAGCCCACAUUCAUAUCUAAGGAUCCAUACCAAGAGCAUGAUCCUGAGAAAGUCAGGUGUACAUCAAGUACGCAGUGGAAACUCACAAGAACAGCACUGGAAAAGUACACCAGUACAAUAGCAGGAAUGUAUGAGAGGGAGCAGAGAAGAUCCCUAUUAUUUGAACUGAUUAUUACACUUCCUAACUUUGGACUGGGAGUCACAAGACUUCCCUUUUUUUCCCUUUGGGAAGGGCAUGGAGGUGGUGCCUCUCAUUUCAAGUCCUUGCACUCACCCAGCACGAAGCCUCACCACAUGCAAGUACUCCUCCUGUCAGAUAGCAGAAGCAAGAGUAGCCAUCCAGGCACACGGUAGCUGGAAGGAAUUUAUUGAGGCUGAGCUGGAUAGAGCCUGAUGUGGCAACAGCGUGGUCCCACGCAUGCUGGUGCUGCAGGGCAGGGGCAGUGGUGCUGGUUUGGCUGAGAGCAGGGUGUGACUAACAGGGGAGUUGCUUGCCUGCUGCUGACUCAGUGGCAGCUGCCCCUGGGGAAUGGAUUACAAUGGGGAACUGGAAGAGACCCAGCACUGACCUCAGAGGCAAAUCUAUUGCCUGUUGGCAAUAGAAAGGCAGGGAGAGGCAGAGGGUCUCCAGGUAACUGCUAGCAAAAAGGCUUUCACGGACAGAGGCAUCAGUAUUUUGCCAGCCUUUAGAAUUAGAGGAAGGAAAGAGAGACUUUGCUCUGCAAGCAGCAGCAUGCAAGAAUCUUCGUGCAAAAAAAAGAGAGAGGAAAAGUCCAUCUCCAUUACUUAUUGUGUAUGGGUAAAUGUGGGCUGAGGAGACUACCUACAACUGCUCCCUGGUGCCUCGCCAUCCUCUUCAGCCAAUUUCAUCCGUGACCUCAGUUGGUGACAGCUACAGUUCUGGCCCUGUCUGAUCUCAAUUAACUUCCCUCUGGCCACGCUGCAGUUCAAAACAGCACGAUUCACACUUAAGUCAAGGAGUUAUUCACUGAAAGGUAAAAAUGUUAAGACUUCUGUUAGCUUUGUGUAUGUCAAGGCCAGCCCCACACCAGCUAAGCAGCCUGGAUUCUAUAGAGGCAGCAUUUGCCUAAGGUGGAUUGAUGUUUAAACCUCUGCUUUGCCUUUCCAUGCAUUUAAAUAACACCACCCUAAAGCGGCAGAAAAUAGAGUUUGUAUUUUCUCCUUUUAAAUUGAAGAGAUCUUAAUAAUAACAUCUCUGCUUGUCCUGUGUAGCUGGUGUUGUCUUGCCUUUUGCCUUGCCCUGUUUGCAUGAACAGCAUCUCUAAGUGAAGGAGAUAUUGGACAGAAGAACGUCAAGACCCCCAGCAACAAUUAAAAAAUUCAUUAAGCUACAAUAGGCCAGUCAUCACUGGGUAAUUAUUAAGCUGUAAGAAUUGCUAAUUGUCUUAUUAGCAUUGAACAAUUAUGCAAAUAACAGAAAACAUACCAUAAAAGUAA